AUGGACAACGAAGACAUCUCCUUCCUUUCGGAGACCCAGGAUCUGAUCCAAUGCAUCACAUCCAUCAUUCCAUGUCUUUUGAAUAUCUGGCGUAGUGGCAACAUCAUAUACAUGAUCCUUUCUUGCAAAAAGAGGACAGCUUACCGGCGAAUUCUUAUGGGGUUAAGUGUCGGUGACUUGAUUGUCACUGUACUAAUUCCCUUGCAAUCGACCCUAUCACCAAGUGAAACGUCGCAAAGAGCGUGGGCCAUUGGAACCGAUGAAACCUGCAGUGCCGUGGGUUUCUUCCAGCAGCUGUCCUUUAUGAAUGCCAUCUAUUGUGCCAUGCUGAGUUUAUAUUUCCUCCUGACUGUGAGACAGGGAGUGCGUGAAAUGAUAAUGGCUCGAAGAUACGAACCCUGGAUCCAUUUGCUGGCUAUAGGGUAUCCUCUGGUCACAGCCGUGAUUGGGGCGAUUCUGGGAGUGUACCACGAAGUCACGUUGGGGUAUGGUUGCUGGGUAGCCAACUACCCACCAGGCUGUGGGUGUCGUGAAGAUGACAAUGGAGAGUGCUGCCUUUCACCCAUGAUUGCCUGGAUGUUUGGAGGCUUGCCAAAUGUACCGGUACUGGGAUUCAUCACCGUGGUCAUUAGCAAUGUACUUGUUUACUGCCAUGUUCGAGCCACCAUUCACCGCAGCAGCAGAUACAACCGAGCAACUCAGGCAAAAAACCCAACAACCAAAAGAAUCUCCUUUUCCCUCAGAAGAACAUCCACAGAUUCUUCCAUCCACGAGGCGCAAGCUCAAAGGAUUCAAAUGGUGGCCAGCCAGGCUUUCCUCUAUGCAAGCCAACUCAUCACUUUGCUGCGGUCUGCCAUGUUACGUAACAUGGCCGCUUUAGACUACGACGCAGAAGAUGAAGCGUCGCUGUUCCCUUUGAUGUUGCUAGGUCCAUCUUUUUCCCAUUGCAAGGCUUUUUCGAUUGGCUUAUUUUUGUUCGACCAUCCAACUUGAUGGCCCGCAAAGACUUUCCCGAGGAAUCGAGGUAUUGGGCCUUUCGGCGUGCCCUUCAUGGCGCCAAGGUUCAGCCCACGGACGAGAUGGAAACCCAAAGAGCUGCCUCGUC